AUGUGGGCAGUUCGCGUGGAGACGUAUUUGGAGGCUUUGAAUCUUUGGGAAGCAGUGGAAAAGGACUACAUAGUUCCAGCGAUUCUAGUCAAUCCCACUUUGGCUCAGAUAAAAGCACAUAAAGAGAUGCAAAAUCAUACUUCAAAUGAGAUAUGGGAUUAUCUCAAGAAUGAGUACGAAAGAGAUGAGAGAAUUCGUUGGAUGCAAGUGCUGAAUUUAGUUCGUGAUUUUGAGAUGCAAAAGAUAAAGGAAACUGAGACAGUUAAGGAGUAUGAUGAAAGACUUCUUAGCAUAGCAAACCGAGUUCGGUUGUUGGGAUCAUCUCUGAAAGACUCGAGCAAUGUGGAGAAAAUCCUUGUAACAUUGCCUGAAAAAUUUGAGGCUACUGUUACCACAUUGGAGAAUACCAAGGACUUGUCCAAGAUUCCUUUGGCAUAA